AAGGUCUGUGUCAACUCCCACAUGCUGUACGAGUUUCGGCAUGCACUGUUGAUUGCAACAUGGAACGCUGGGCUGGUCGUGUAGCGCUAGUGACUGGUGCGUCGUCAGGUAUCGGGGCAGAAACGGCUAAAGUACUUGCUGAGAAUGGUAUGUGUGUGAUUGGUUGCGGUAGGAAUGUUACAGCUGUACAGGACCUAUCUGAUGAUCUGAAAUCACGUUCAGCAAAUGGUGUUCUCCAUCCUGUAAAAUGUGACCUUCGAAAAGAAAAACAAAUACUGGACAUGUUUGAGGAGAUAAAAAGCAAACAUGGUGGUGUUGAUGUUUGUGUUAAUUGUGCUGGGCUAGGUAAUAUGGCGCAGCUGUUAACCGGUGAGACAGAGGAAUGGAGGGAAGAACUUGAUGUAAACGUGAUAGCAUUGUGUAUUUGUACCAGAGAAGCAUUCAAACAAAUGAGUGAACGAAAUGUGGAUGACGGAUAUAUCAUACAUAUAAACAGUGCAUCUGGACACCGGAUUGCACAAGGAAGUAACAGUUAUAGUUUCUAUGCUGGCACGAAACACAUAACUGAAGGAUUACGUCAAGAAUUGCGAGGUCGUAAUUCACACAUCAGGGUCACCGCAAUUUCUCCUGGAUUAGUUGAUUCCGGGUUUCAUAACAAAAUGGGCGAGGAAGAAGUAAUUAAAAGGAAAUCAAUGUUUAAGUGGUUGGAAUCUUCUGACAUUGCUGACAUGGUGAAAUAUGUACUACAGUCGCCUCCCCAUGUACAGGUUCAUGAUAUAAUAGUAAGACCGACAGAGCAGCUGGCUUAACAAAGAUUAUCAGUACAGCGACGUACAUUGUUGUUACCAAUUUUAAAGAAUGUCGUGUAUUUCUUUGUCAAUAAAACAUAAGACACUGACAUUCGCCAAAUAAAAGAAAGAAAAG